CAGGCGUAUCUGGUAACCACUCUGUCUGUUCUCUUGGGCUGAUCCAGGCCAAAUAUCUGUUUCAUGUCUCGCCAAAGCUCAAAUCUAUCCUUCUUCACACGAUCACUUGAUGAAAGUCAAUAUCUUUCCACCAUACUAGCUCUCUGAUCCAAACACCGUUCUCAAGAUGACUGACACCACUUACCGGAAGGGCUCUUUGGGUCUAGGGUUUUUAAAUCCAUUCAGAUCCUCCAGCCGACCUGGUAGUCGGUCGAGUUCACGGGCAAAUUCAAUCUCUGACUUUGUCAUUGACGAUGCUAGACGUGACUCAAAGUCUGCCCUUUCUUCGACUACAAAGCUGAGAAAAGGGUCAGCACCUGUCAAGCAGGACCCCAAGCAGCCUCCAAGUCGAGGCUCUCGUCAUACUUCUCUUGCAUCUACGCGCAAUACCACUGAGUGGGACGUGGACAAGAACACCGGUGAGCGGAAAGACUACACGGAUAUGAUCCAUAGCUUGGCUCAUCGAGAUUCGGCCGAAUCCCUUGUCGAGAAGACCCAGGCCCUCUUUUCGGGAAUCCCAGAGCAGCCAGCCGCCGAGUUCUUUGCAAGACUCCCCGUCAAAGUAUGGGGCCAAGUCGUGCAAAUUCUAGACAUGCCAGACACCGCGAGCCUAGCAAUCUCGUGCAAGCCGUUCAGAAAUCUCCUCGGAGUCGAUAUCUGGAAGGAGCUCUCCACUCAAGGCAACAUUGUUCAAAAGACCGAUUUCCUCAAGCGGCUAGAUGAGACAAUGCCUAGUCAUCUGCUAUGCUUUCAGUGCAUCAAGUAUCACCUUCGAACACAGAAAGGCAAGGAGAACCUGCGUCCCGCCAAUGUGUCGAACCCCAUCUUUGACUGUCCCAACGCAUACAGCCUGGACAACAAAAUGUCCCGAGCUCGAAUCACAGUUGGUCGGACGCUGCCCUUCCCAUUUACCCAGCUUGCUGUACGAGGGCAUAAAUACAGCCCCGAACACGGCAUCCCUCUAACCAACCUGUCUCGGCGGUGGAAGGACCGGGACGGUGAGUGGACACACACGACACAAUAUACAAUUGUCAACAACCACCUCCUUAUGCGCGUGGUGAGCUGGGCCUUUGCCACGGCAGAUCUCCCAGCGGCGGGACUUCGAAAACUAUUCUACGCACACGCCGACAAUUUCUCCCCCUAUUUCUCCGUCUGCGCACACUGGAGAGACGGCAACCUGAUGCCGUCGGUCAAAUGCGCCAUGAGCCAUCUGUACAAGGCACCCGAGGGCAGUGGUGUCGCUGGUGUUGCGUCCAAGGUCAAUUACCGACUCCAUCGUCCCAACCCAGUCAUCACGUUGUGUUCCGAAUGCAAGCCCAUGCGCAGAUGUCCUGCUUGUCCGUCUGAGUACCUGAUCGAGAUGAGAAUGCAAGAGGACAAGACAGAUCCAACCCAAUUGUUCAAACAUGCGAUAGUGGUGACACGAUGGAGUGAUCUAGGCGACGCAUCCUCGCCUCAGAACCCUGAAUGGGCCUCGGUCAUUGGAGAAGGCGAGUUUGACUCUUUCACGGCGAUUGGCAAAAGGGCCAUUUCUGGGGUAUUCGAGUCACAAUUCACUGUGGAGCAGAUUCCGCCGCAGAGGAUCGUGUCGAUGAAUCCGAAUUUGGAGAACCUCGGCGAAGCAGGUCACAAUUGGUACUGAGCUGACAGCGGGACAACGCUGGCCAGGGAGCACUGACUAGAAGUCUCACAACGGAGUAAUCUUGAGGCUGGCUGUGACCAGAAACCUCAUAUAUCUACUUCUGAAAAGGCCAACAGCUACCAAUCCAGACCUUUGAGAUUGCUUUUGUCACAUCCAAGCAUGACCUCACAGAGACUUCUUUCUCUCGAUGCCUGUUGGCUUGCUCCCCCAACAGGCAUCCCUGCUCGUCGAGCUCCCAUCGACUCCAAACCACUGGCCGGCCGGGCAGCCUGUAACUGCACCCCAGCCUUCUCUUCCCUUUGCACAUGAUCCCUCAAGGUCCGCAACACCAUCUGCUGAAAGGCAAAGACUCCUUCCUCGUGGAACGGGUGAAGUGGACCAGAUUCGAAGAUUCCGCGAGCAAUGUUUCGCUGGACAUUUUCACACAGAGCAAAAUCCUCAUCUACGACCUUCUGAUAAAAUUUGGUCAUGCGAGCAUGCGCUUCAGGUGUUGCAUUUGGAGUUUUGAGCCUGUAAACGUCAUACUCCUGGCGGGUGGUGGUCGGCGAGGUGGGAAUGCUCCGCAUCAGAUGCAUGAAUCCCGUUCCUGGGUUGGGAGAGAAAUGACCUGUAGGAAACACAUGGGUGGCUGAUCGACCAGCGAACCGAGUGGAGUCGAAAGGCGAAUUGGCCAGGACCGAUGCUUUAGGCUCGCUAAAGUGUGAGAUGUAUGUGUGCGAUGUUGCAGGGUUGACAUAGUAUGUGUCGAGCACGGUGCUUUUGGCCACGUCUGGAUGAGCGGUCAAGCAAUGAUAGCACUGAUGAGAGUCAGAUAUUGUGGUGAGAGAGUCUAUUACAGUAAAAAGAGGCUUUCUUUCGGCGAUGCAUACCUCGUUAUAAUUGUCCUGCAUGAGCUUCCAAUUGAAAUUGCCCUCCUUGGUCCAGGUGAAGUCGUACUCGACGGCAUCCCAAUCAACGCCAGAAUGUUUCAACACAUUCUGUUGAUCUAAAUGACCAUACUGGUGCUCCCACGAGACGUCAGGCACGGGGUUUGCAUCGAGAU